AUGUCCAGCCAGUCGGAUGCAGGCCGGGGUUUGGGGCGCCUGCUCCGGGCCCCCGCCACAGUCACCACCCGGCUCUGCCAGGCGGGCAUCUUGAUCCUCGCGGUGUGGUGGGUCUUUGGCCCCCUGGGAGGUGUGGGCACGACCCCGCGGGACCUGGGUGAGGGCGCGAAUGACACGGGUCCCAUCUUCAACUGGCACCCCCUGCUCAUGCUGCUGGCCUUCCCGGUGCUCAUGGGCGAGGCCCUGCUGGCGUACCGCUCCCCUGCCCCCACACUGGACUCCAGGCCGGCCAGGAAGGUCUACCACAUCAGCCUGCAGAUCUGCGCGCUGGCGCUGGCGCUGCUCGGUCUGACGGCGGCCGUCAGGUCCCACACCCUCAAGCUGCCGCAGCCCAUCCCCAACUUUUACUCUGCCCACUCCUUCCUGGGAGGCUUGGUGCUCGCCCUCUUUGCAUUCCAGGUGGCGCUGGGCCUGUGGGCAUACGCCUGGCCCAAGCUCUCCCACCCCGCGCGGGUGACAUUGGGCCCGGUGCACACCUUCCUCGGCCGCGCCAUCCUCGGCCUGGGCCUGGCGGCGGCGGCGGUGGGGCUGCAGGAGAAGGCCACCUUCCUGCAGCUGGGCGCGGGCGCGGGGCCAGCCUCCGCCGCCCUGCGCCUGCCUGCGCUCCUGCAGCUGCUGCUGGCCGCCGUCGCGCUGGGCGUGCUGUGGCACCACGUGGAGCCGGCGCGGCCGGGGCCCGGCGUGGUGAGCCUGGCGGGGGACGGCAUCCCGCUCUUCGAGCAGCGCACGCCGCGCAACAGCGCCGACCACUGA